AUUUGAAGGCUCUGUAUGAGCCGGAGAUAAUGCAGCAGGUUGGUUAGGGGAUUUUUUACUGCAAUAUACGUACGUAUUUAAAUGAGUGUGUUGAAAAAAAACCCGAAUGACACUUUGAGACAUGACAAGAGUGAGAAGAUCAACCCAUCAUCCCAAAGCAAUCUGAUAGAAGAUCUACACAGCCUGUGGUCUUCUUCAGAAUGACCUCUCCUCAGUGGAUAGCAGUAAAACCCGUGAUGACACAUUGUUACGUGCUGUACAAAACCAGACCCCGGAAAUCUGUACGGUCCCACGUCUUUCUAUGUGCUUCUAGAUUUCAGCAUCAAACACCCAGUGGCUACUAACAAACUGCUUAGAUGUCUAAAGAGAACAAUCAGAAUCAUGUUGUCUCGUUCGCCAACUCAUCCAUAUUAACCCGCAUGGUCUGGGCCCCCCCUAGAACCUCCUGCUCCAUUGCAUCGUCUUCUAAACCGAACAGUGGCAGGACAAAAAUGUCUGUAGAGUGGUUGACUGACUGGAGCUGUUUGCUGAAUGGACUUCGUGAUUUCAUUGCCGGUUGCAUACAAGCUGUACGUGACUGCAACACCCUCGCACUAACCACCAUUAUCUGCCUCUUGCUCUUGUUUGCAUGGUACUGUUACAGAGUUGGUAAGGAUCAACCCCGUUCUCCCUUUGCCACUGUGAAUUUGCUCAUCCAGAGUUCAGAAGCCAAAGGCUUGCAGAACGGGUUUGCUUAUUGCCAUUCCCGCGAGUGUGUGCGCUGUACCCAUAAUGACGGACUAAACCAAAAACUCUAUCACAACCUACAAGAAUAUGCCAAGAGGUACUCCUGGUCAGGCAUGGGCAGAAUCCAUAAGGGCAUCCGUGAUCAAAAUCGCUAUCUAAAUGACCGGCCAUCCAUACAGAAACCUGAGGUUUUCUUCCUUCCCGAUUUACCCACCAUGCCCUACUUCUCUAGGGAUGCCCAAAAGCAUGAUGUGGAAUUGUUAGAGCAGAACUUUGCCACCAUCCUUCGUGAAUUUGAAGCAAUCUACAAAGGCUUUUCAAACUGCAGUUUGCCCCAAGGUUGGAAAUUAAACAGUACCCCUACUGGGGAGUGGUUCACAUUUUAUUUGGUCAACCAAGGUGUGUGCAUUCCCUCCAAUUGCAAGAAAUGCCCACGGACGUACCGUUUGCUUGGAAGUCUUCGCACCUUCAUUGGCAACAAUGUGUUUGGGAAUGCUUGUGUGUCUGUGCUAACUCCAGGGGCGGUCGUCACAGAGCACUAUGGGCCUACUAACAUCAGGAUAAGAUGCCAUCUGGGUUUAAAAAUUCCAGGAAAUUGUGAGCUGGUGGUGGGUGGAGAACCUCAAUGUUGGGCUGAAGGACAGUGUCUUCUGUUUGAUGACUCCUUCCUGCACACUGCUUUUCAUGAAGGUUCACAAGAAGAUGGUCCUCGAGUGAUAUUCAUGGUUGACCUGUGGCACCCCAAUGUGGCAGCAGCCGAACGCCAAGCCUUGGAUUUCAUAUUUGCUCCUGGACGCUGAGCCACUCUUUCAGCGAAACAUCAAUGUUCAUUGAAAAUUGCCUCAAAAGAAAAAGCUUGUCUCUAACAAAACCCAUUCUCUGUAUAUGAAUCACAUCUUACUUUAUCUAUUUAAUCAUUGGCUUCUCCAUAGGUUUAUAUUGUAGAUUUGAUGUGAACGGGGAGAAUAUUCAUCAACUUAAAAUCCUCUUGCACUCUACAGAGGGGAGCAUGUGAUGUGGAAGCUGAGGACCUAUAGCACCAUAUCAACUAUAAACAGCACAAACCAGUCUUCAGCUCAAAGGCUUAAUAAUGAGAUGGCCCUCUGAGAAAUAAGGAUGCAGAAGGCUAAUUCAGGGAAUGGCUGGCUUUCCACCACACUUCUCUCUUUUUUGUUCUUCCUUUCAUAAAAAAAAUAAUGAGGAUUGUAUUAUCUCAUGUUACAGCUAAUGCCAUAUUCUUAAUACCCAUUCUUAACUGAAAUGCAACCCUAUUAUAUAGUAUGUGUCAUAUUGCUACAGUAUAUUUACAAUACUCUGAAAUUAAAAAAGGAAGUGACAGAAAGCAAUGUAUUAUUGACUUGCACAAUAUGAUGUCUUCUUCAUUAAGUUCAUGUCAACACCUGAUCACCCAUACAGAAUCACGUUCUGGCUUGGUCAUACUUGAGGUGGUUAUGCCUUAGUUAUACAUGGGAGUCAUAUUGGAGAAGCUUCACUUAAUCAAGACUUUCAGUCAAGUCUUUUACCAAGCAAGCUUCCCUAUUGUAUUCUAUGACAUAUGUAUAAGUACACUGACCUGUACUGGGUUUAGCCAUGUCUCUUGAAUGCAUUUGCUGCAGAAAAAAAUAUAAAAACGUUUUGGAACGUUCUUCAGUAGUCCAGCUUUCUAAGGAGACUUCUUUUUUGAACUGAUGUAUAGGAACACUUCUAAACAGGUCUUUAGGUUUAUCUUUAGAUGCAUAAGUACUCACUCUGUAUUUGUGGGCAUUGGAAGGGCUUGGUCAAGGUUACUUUUUAAGGAAUUUCAGAGAUAUAUUUAUCUGACCAAAGCUUUGUCUUUUAUUUUUUUUAUUAUUAUUAUUAUUAUAAAUUCUGUUUUGUUUGUUUAAGGGGACAUUUCCAAUUUGUCUGUUCGGGCUCCAAAUUUAAGGAACUCUGUUUUUGGUGGUUGUAAAGCAGCCAUUUUGUCUUUAAUGUGGAAAUAAAUCCCUUUUGUUGUCUUGUACUUUCUCAGUGCAAUAGACCCCAUUUUGUUCUGUAAUAAAAGAAAAAAUAUGUCUACAACAAACAA